GGCGGCGAAAUUCGGAUUCAUCCGAACCAGGAGGACGUGUCUGCCAUGACAGACGAUCGAUGUCAGGACGCCGUAAUGUUGUGCAUGGAAGUCCACAAGGAGCUGCAGGAAGACUGUUAGCAACCAAUUUAAAUGUCGAGCCCCGCACACUCGAAGAUGAGUGCCUGGUGAUGGUACCCGCUGAGUUAGCAGUCUUAAGCGACUCUCCGAUGAAAGCGGACACGUCGGCGCCAUUGGAAACUGCGGGGGCUCGGAUGAAUCCGAACCAGGGCCCUGUGAGCAUGUCCCUCCAUGAUGCAGCUUUGGAGACGACCGUAAUUCGGAUUCAUCCAAGACACACGGACGAAGGACUUCAACUGGUAGGCGUUGAGGGUUGUCGACUUCUGACGACUUUGGACAAGGACGAUUCCGCCGACGACUGGAUUGGUCCGACACUUAGCGACGUCGGGAUGGAGCAACCGGUUGAGCCAGGACACGACGACCCCUUGUACUCCGGCCUUCACGAGGAGGCGAUGGGAGAGGACGUUCUGAAGAAGUCCUCUGACGCUGUUGAAGAUAGAUUUCUCUAUUUCAGUGACGACGAUAAAAACACAGCGCACGAGGACAAGAAGUUAAGGGGGGGAGAGGUGUUGUUGGACAUCCAUGGGACCUUGAGCACAACACAAUACGACACAGUGGUGAUGGAGAAAACCCAGCCUGUCGAUGUUGUGGACAUCGAUGCUCUUUGUUCGGAGACGGACAUACUAAAAUUGCCCGUCGCGGACGUGGAGGAUUUCCGCCAUCGGGAUGGGGAUGAAUUUAUGUCGUCUCCGGUCAUCAACGCCGACAUCUCGAACAUGUCAAGUUCCCCUGUGGGUUUGGAGCACGUCGUCGCCGCGUCGACUCACACAGGGGCGCCAAUCGUGUUGGGACUGCCAUCGGUGGGCUCUAAUGACGUGGAAGCUAAGCCUGGUAAGCACUGACUUUCUCUGCUUGCUUCCCGCUCGUCAGCCCGUUCGU